AUGUCCCCAAUCCCGACCCUCAAAUACCUCCUCUCCUUCUACCACGACCACGACCACCACACGCGCGCAACACAACCCAUCCACCACGCUGUCCACCAUGUCCCAGCCCCAACAACCCUCGCAAAACGCUACGACGCCAUCUCCAUCCCCGCCUCCUAUGGCCGACUCAGCAAUUCGCCAGCCCCCGGCACCGUCGCGGGGAUCGUCCUCGGCAGCGUCCUCGGCUUCGUCUUCCUCCUCUACCUGAUCUACCUGGCGCUGAGCUCGGGCCGGCGCUUCAGCAGCGAGACCGAGAUGUCUGAGUCCGUAGACGUCGGGCCCGUGCGACGGACGCCGUCGCGCCGCGUGCGCGAAGUCGUCGAGGAGGAGUACAUCGAUAGCGCCGGGCGGCGGCGUGGCCGGUGGGUGCGUCGGCCGCAACGGGGGCCGCCGCCGGGGGAUCGCAUUGUCGUUGAGGAGUCAAUGACGUCGGCGUCGCGCUCGGAAGAAAGCAAUGUCGUCGAGGUUAUUGAGGAGCAUUCGAGUGUUGAGGGGAGGAGGCCGCGCAAUGCACGCGGCGGAUGGCGGCGCGGGGAUCCGUAUGAGAUCAGCGAGUAUGAGAGUUCGCGAUGA